AUGGAAACAAUCGAAUCAGAAUUAUAAAGUCUCUAUAAUAAUAAUCAACAAACAAUAGAAAUGGAGGAAUUGUACAAUCUUUUGAUUUCAAAGAAAUCUUUACAUUAAUAAAAUCAUAAAUAAAAAGUACAUUCUGUAUGUGGAGCUCAUAUUCAAAAUGGAGGGUUGAGUUUUCAAUGCUUUGAUUGUUCUGGAGACGCUCAUCAUAUGAUUUGUGUCAAAUGCUUCGAUAUUAACAAACACAUAAGUAUUAUGAAUGAUAUUUUAGAUCAUAAAUUUCUUCUUAAGCAUAACAGUGGAUGCUGUGACUGUGGUGAUGAAAAUUCUCUUAAAUUAGGAAUAUGCGAUGAUCAUCAGGGUCAUGCUCAUAUAAAUAAAUAGGAAAUUCUAUCAUAAAUACCUGAAGAAAUCCAAAAAAACACUUAAAUACUUAUUAGAUGCCUCAAUAAUAUCUUAUAUUAGCUAUAUCUUGAAAUUCAACCUAAGUCUUUCAUCCUUCCAUUUUAUGUUAAGAUUUAUCAUAUUGCUGUUAAAUGGAAGUUGAAAAAAAUAUAAGAGUCAAUUGAUAUAUAGGAUUAUUAUGAAAGGUUUUGCAAAGCACUUUAUUUUCAUCAGCUAUUAAUUAAAUUUAUAGCUUGGUUUAUAGAAGUUGACCAUAAGAAUAUCUUUUUGAUCACUACUAUCCUAUAAGAAGUUGAUACGAAUUCCAAACAAUUAAUAUUACAAGACAUUUUUUAAAGAUAAUUGCUUUUAGAAUCAUUAGGACCAUAUAAAGGGGAACAAAUAGUAAAAAUAUUUUAUGCCUUUCACGCUGACGAUUAAUUUAAAUAGCUGACACACUUAACUUUUAUGAAUGAGUAUCACCAAUUUCAUAAAUUUUUCUAAUUGAAUUAAAAUGUCUUCAAUGAGUUAAAAACUAUAUAUGAGGAAAUGUAAGGAAAUGAUGAUGAAAUUAAUGGCGCUUCUCUAAAGGCUAAAGAAAGUGAAUUGUCACAAGAAAUUCUUUCAGUGCAAAGAAAACAACACUAGAGCGAGAAGAAUUUUAUUUAUUUAUACCUAACAUAAUUUAGAGGUCAGCACACACAAUUUUGUCCUUAAGCUAUGAUUGAAACCUUUUUACGACCCGAAAUUUGUUCCCCUUAUCUACAAAGCCUUAUUUAGAGUCAGUAACUAUAUUUUUAAAAUGUUGACUUUUGUUAAGAUUUUUCAUAUUUACAUUUAAAUCUAUUAACGUUUAGAACUGAAACCAAAUGGUUUAAGGAUGCUAUCAUGAACUCAUUCAAGUAAAUUUUAGAUGAUAAAUUUGAUUCUUUUUAAGAGAACGUCAUUAAUGAAAAUGAUUAUGAGGAUUUUUAAAAAAGGCAAUUUUUCUUAACUUAAUUGCUCCGUUCCUAUAAUAAUGUUUAAAUGGGAAUGACGAGAAUAAAGUUAGAUAAGCUUGUUGUCUAAUAAAAUGAUCUAAUUACAGUUGCUAUCCUUAUCAAUUAUAUAUCACUUCAACUUAAGAUUUUUAAUAAUUAGCUCAAAUGUUUGAGAAGUAUGAUGCCAAAACAAAUUGGAAAAAGAAAUCUAUCAAGAAUAAUUUUGUAUCAAUGUUAUUUAAAAUUAAUCUAAGAUAUGUAAAAUUAUAGAAAAUUUUAAUAAAUUGAUGACUUCUAUUCAGAUUACAUAAACGUUGAGACCAAUCUCUCAAAGCAGAAAGGUGUAUAUGAUGCAUAUCUCUUAUUAUGUCUUAAACUUUUGAAAAGACCCAUAGUUACAAAUCUAAUUUUUAUUGAAAUGUUAAUUCUUGAAUAUUUUGAUGGUUAAUUUGUUGAUAAACAAGAAUUUCUUAAUUACUUGAUGUAAGUUCUUAAAAUAAAAUGCUUGAAGGAUUUAAAGGAAUUGUUUAAUCAUUUAUUAAUCGAAACCCUUUAAAAUUUUGUAUCUUUUAAUUUUGAUUCAUAAAAGAGAUUAUAUUUUAAAUAUUCAAAUAUUAAUAGCUAACUGGAAUCUAUUGAUCUUGCUUUUAUAAAGUUAUUCCUAUUUUUAUUUCAACAGGAGGGAUUAUAGUUUUUAGAGGAUAUAUUUUAAUACUUUAGAAUUCCAAUUAAAAUGGUAGCAUCUUAAAUUUAUAAGUAAUUAUCCUCAUUAAUUAUAGCUCUAUUCUAUUAAACGUAAUAUCAUCAGAUAUAGAAUUUUGGAAUGUUUUAUAAAUGGUGGAAGAAAAAAUAGACAUAUAUCCUGAUUAGCUUAAAUCAACAAUUCAUUAUGCAAUAAUAAAUAUAUUUAAUCAAUCCUCAAGUUUGAGCUAUAAUGAAAUAUAGAAAUACAUAUCAUAAUUAAAAAUAACUACUACUAAUUAAUCAAUAAAGAGUUUUGUUUAAGAAAUAUGUCAAUUAGAUUAGAUAUCUAAAAAAUUUACUUUAAAAAAAGAUGUUCCAUAAUAUUUUGAUCCUAUCUUAUUCUAGAAAAACACUACAAUUUAAGGAUAAUUCUUAGACAGAUUAAUCGAUCAAAGAAAAUCUGAAGAAUUUAUCACUUAUGGAAAUUACAUUCAAUAUAAAGCAAAUGAGAUUAUCGGGUAAAAUGAAUCAAAUGCAAAUUCAAUAUUUUCUGACAAAUUUGUGCUGCUAGCUAAUAAACCAUUUAUUUAAUAGUUGAUUUAGUAAAUUUAAUAGAAUCAUCAAUAACCCUUAUAAACUUAUCAACUACUAAAUAAUUUGAUAAUAAUUUUCUAUAAAAAAUAAAAUAUGAUUGAUUAAGAGCUAUUUGCAUAAAUAUAUUCACUUUCUUAAUAAUAAAAUUAGAAUGAUUAAAACUGUGUAUAAUACACUAAUCGGAUCUUUGAUAAUUUAAAAUAAAUAUUCCAAAUAGGAUCUACCACUUUAUAAUCAUAAAAUAAUUAAAUAUUGGUUUCAGAUAAAUGCAAGAUGAAAAAUAAAUAUCUUCAGAAAUAGACUAAAUUUAAUCAAUAAUUAGAUAUCAACGUUCAAUUAGAAAUGCCAUAAGAAAAAUAUGAUGAGAACGAUUACUGCUAGUCAUGUAAAUAACUCUUAACCAACACUGAUAGAUAUACCCCUAUUUUAAUCUAAACGUUUGCAAAGUAAGACCUAUAUGAGACUAUGCCAACUUAAUUACAUAACAUAUUAAAUGACUAGAAAUUAAAUCUGUUAAAUAUAUCUAGUUGCAAGCAUUAGUUUCAUUCAUAUUGCUUAGUAAACUCAUUAAAAAAUAAAUUUCAAAAAGACUUACCAUUAUGGUUCAUAUCUCAUUGUCCCAUCUGUUAAUAAAGUUGUAAUCUUUUAUUUCCAAAUACUUUACUUGAAGAUCAUUUUGAUAAAUUUAUAGAAGAUGCAUAGGCAACUCUAAUUGAGUUAAAUUUAGAUAAAGAAUUAUUAUCAAAGCAUGAAGGUAAUGAGGAGCUAAUUAUACCCGAAAUGAUUUAUUAGUUACUUAUUAAUAUUUUGAUCUAAAUGUUAGUGUCAAAAGUUGACUUUUAGAGAUCUGGAAAAAUUAAGAUUUUCUAACAACUUUUACAAAUUUUGAGAAAUAAUUAUAACAAAGUAAAAUAUCAGUAGAAAAUACUGAAUUUUAAAAAAGGAUAAAUAUUUAUUUUGGAUAUAAUGCUGAUGAUCGAAAAAUAUGUGAUGCAAGCAAUUGAUAAUAAUGAGUUCCAUUAGAAAAUUUAAAAUAUACUGUUAUCAUUGCCAAUUCAAAAUGAUGACAUAGUUAAAAUAUUAUUUAAUACUUUUGAAAUAGAAUUCAAAGAGAAGCUCUUUUGUAAUUAAUAAAAUAAUAUAAAAUCAAAAAUUAUUACAAAUUUCUAUGAAACUCAAAAUGAGAUAUCAAAUUAAAUAGCGACACUAUUGGGAGAUAAUUUUGAAACUUUUAGACAUAGAUAUAUCAAAAAAUUAUGCAAAAGAUGCGGCUUUUUUAACUUAAAUUUUCAAAAUAGCAAGGAUAUAUCAGUUUGUUUACUUUGUUUAUAAACAUUUUGCUUAGGUUCAUGUAAGAAUAAUUAAACUGGCAAUUUGAGUUUACAUGCUGAAGAGAAACAUAAUGGUCAUUCACUCUAUGUUUGUUUGAGUUCUGGCAAAGUUGUAAUAACAUCUUAUCCAAUAUCAUUAAUUAAUUAUUUCACAUUAUAUUAUAAUAAACUAGGUCAAGAAUUAGAAUAGCUAACCGAUGAUGAUCUAGAUUGGGAUAAAUAUACAUUAGACAUGGAUAAAGUAGAAUAAAUUUCGAAGAUCAUAUUAUUAAAUUAAUAUUAACAUAUUGUGAGAAAUGCAUUAAAUGAUCAACAUAGAUAGAACAUUAGAAGAAAUUUAUGA